AUGCCACCCGUGAGAAGUGAAGCAACAACAGUCCGAUGGAGUCCACCAAGUGAAAACCAGGUGAAAAUAAACUUUGAUGGUGCUCUGUUUGGAGAGUCAGACAGCGCAGGGAUUGGUGUGGUGAUUCGGAACUCGGAGAGAGUGGUUAUGGCUGUGCUAUCUGAAAAAAUUGUGAAGCCACAAGCAGCGGAAAUGGUGGAGAUUUUAGCUGCCCGACGUGUAGUGCUUUUCUCUAGAGAAUCGGGUUUCUACGAUCCAGUUUUUGAAGGGGACUCUUCUACUGUUAUCAAGUCUCUUCAGGAUAGAAUUGUGUCUCACGCCCAGGGAGGGCACAUUUUAAAAGACAUUUUGUCUCACUUAAACUCUUUUCAGAGUUGUUCAUUCUCUCAUAUUGGUAGGCAAGGAAAUGCAGUAGCGCAUGCCUUAACCCAGAGAGCUAGAUUAUCUUUUCCCUUAGAGGUCUGGAUGGAGUCUGUUCCUCCAGACAUCUCUUCUUUUGUACGGUUCGACCUUCGAGUUUAA